AUUUUGCAGUGACACAAAGAAUCAAGGAACUUGGCCAAUUCUAUCCUCACAAAGAGAAGAAGACAACCUGUAACAAACUGAAGAUAACCUUCAACAAACUGAAGCUAACCUCCAAAAAUUAACAUCUAUUGUUGAUAUAACCAGCUAUUAGUCUUUUUUAUUACUUCUGUCUUCGAAAAUUAUGAAAUAAUAAGACUAUUCAACAUCGUAUUGCAAUCAUGACAGCUGCAAAAGUUAUCGUCCAAUCUGAAUCAUCAGAUUCCGAAAAUGAAAGUUCCCAAUCAAAUGAAGAUUCUAACACGGAAGAGAACGAAAUACCCCAGAAUUCCUCAGAAGAAUCUGAUGACAACACAAAUGGAGUUGGGAACGCUGGAUGGGCAAAUGCUAUAUCGAAAGUUUUGAAAACGAAAACGAAAGGAAAAACCCCAGUUUUGUCUAAGGCAAAAAAAUUGACUGAUCUGAAGAAAGUAAAAGUCCAACCUGCGGGAUUCGAGAUUCAAACACCUGACGGUGAAGUAAAAAAAGAAACAGUAGAAGAUAACACUGUAUCUGCAGAACCACCUAGAAAAAAGAAAAAAGAGUUACCCAAAAUUCGAGUGAAGCCCAACAUUUUAGAAAAAGACAGAGAAAGAUUAUUGCAGAGGAUAGCAACAAAAGGUGUUGUUCACUUUUUCAACAUAGUGAAUAUGCAACAGAAAGACAUCAACCAAAAACUCAAGGAGGCCGGUCCCUUGGAAGUAAGGAAAGAAAAAGUGAUGAAAAACAUUGACAAGCGAGCAUUUCUAGAUGUGCUCAUGGGAGAAAAAUCGCAAAAUAUUGACGAAUCACUGGUAACGUCUAAAAAAGAGACCAAAUCUGAGAAGGAACCAACUUGGAGCGUUCUCAGGGAGGAUUUCAUGAUGGGGGCAAAAAUGAAAGAUUGGGAUAAACAGUUGGAAACUGAAGAAGGAGAGGAAGAGUUGGAAAUUGAGUCAGAUUAGUUGUAAAUAUUGUUUAUUAAAUUUUUAUUUUUACAA